AUGGCAACACUAACUCCUAUUCAGGCUUCUUUUUCUAGGAAUUCACCACAGAGAUUGGCAGUUUCAAGCCAUCGCUUUUCAGCUGCACUGAUGCCUGCUGGUUCCAAGGUUCUAUCGUGGAAUAUGAUCCAGCAGAAGAAAAAGAAUAAAAGGUCUUUGACUGUGGUUGCAGCGGUAGGAGAUGUAUCAGCUGAUGGCACCACUUACCUAAUAGCUGGUGCUGCUGCUGUAGCUCUUAUUGGAACUGCUUUUCCUAUCUUCUUCUCUCGCAAGGACCUGUGUCCUGAGUGCGAUGGAGCAGGUUUCAUUAGGCAGUCAGGAGCAGCCUUGAGGGCUAAUGCUGCUAGGAAGGACCAGGCCCAGAUUGUCUGCCCUCGUUGCAAUGGUCUUGGCAAGCUAGGCCAAGUUGAUAAAUAA